UUACAAAGAGCCUACUAAUGAUGAUAAUGACAAUGAGUUAAUAGAAGAGAUGAAAGCGGAUAUUGAAGUACUUAAUUUUCAAAAUACAAUGGAUCUUGAAGCCUACAUUAAUUAUCUGGAGGAGGAAGAUACAAAUAAAGCCUUAAAUGAUCAGGAAAUCUUAACUUUAGUCACUAAUAUAGAACCCGAGAAAGAUCUAAAUGAAGAUGACAAUAGUGAAGAAGAUAAAGAUGACAGUAAAGAAAUCCCUUUAAUUACUCACCACGAAGUGUUAAAUGCCGUAGAGGUGCUGGAACAAUAUCUUAUACAGCAGGAUUUAAGUAAUAUAGCCUAG